AUGCGCCAAUCCGAAACCAAUAUCGAUAUCAGUCCCGAUAUUGGAAUCUGUGACAAUGCUCUGGAGAAGAACCAGCAGUGGCUGGUCUACGACCAGCAGAGAGAGGUCUACGUUCAGUCUGUUGUUGCUCGCACGCUGGAUCUGGAGCAGCAGCUGACUCAGGCCAAGCAGCAGCAAACCAACACAGAAACCACUGCAGAGGCUUCUACCAGUUCUCCGAGUGCAGAAAAGGACUCUGAGCAGAAAAGCCACUUCGAGGAGUUGGUUUUGAAGCUGCAGAGAGAGCUGGAGAGCCAGAAAGAUCAGACUGCCAAAACCAAACGGGAGCUGAAUGUGGAGAAGGAAGAGGCCUUGAAAGCUCAGGCUGAGCUGCGGCGUCAGAAGGAGCAGGUCUGCAGGGGCCAGGAGGAGAUGUCUGCGCUGCAGAGGAGGUACGAGGACAAGUGCAGCGAGUUGUCUGCCUUCCUCGGGAAGUACGUAGCCAAGAGCAAAGAGCUGGACGAGGCCGGGGUUCAGCUGCAGGCGGAACGAGUUGGCAACAGACAUGCAGCAAAUGAAGAAAGAAAGGUGUCUGAGCGGGCGGACCGAAUGAGAGCUGAGCUGGACAGUGUGGAAAGAAAACUGGAGGAGGAGAGGAAGAGAUCUGCUGGGCUUCUGAUGCAGAUUAAUAUGCUGCAGAAGUCUCUGCUGAGCCAGAAUGAAGACGGGAAGAGAAUCGCAGCACUGGAACAACAGGUCCAACUUUCUGCCAAGGACUUUGAGAAUGAAAAGCUCGAUCGUCAGAGCCUCCAGCAGCAGCUGCAUAAAGUGCUGAAGGAGCUUCGCAAAGCCCGCGAUCAGAUUGCUAAACUGGAGUCUGCUAGGCAGACGUGUGCCCGCUUUUCAGAGCCCAGUUCAUACGAAAAGCUCGACUUUGAGCGUCUGACUGUCGAUGGCCAUCACGGCCCCGCAUCUCCCUCGAAAGUCAUCGGCCUCUUGGAUGAGAGUUUCCUGGAGUGUCCAAAGUGUCGCGCUCCGUAUCCAACCAGUCGCCACAGAGAGCUCCUGGCACACAUCGAUGACUGCUUUGCCUGA